AAAAUAAAUUGCGCCGUUUGUCUGUGGUGUUACUUUCUUCCCUUAUUCCCACUGCGCACUGAUCGCCAUGCAUUCGUUUUCCUCGCAGUGGGCUCUUUUGUGAACAUGCACUGGGUCGAAUUGUGUGCUGGUCGCCGGGGGGUUUAAGUUUAAUGUAUUUGUAUGCAGCUUGUCACACAAUGCAGACGUCAUCUCCACAUGCAGGAUCAGCUUUGGGUAUGUUUUUUCCCUCCCUGGAUCCUAUCGCGCCCAGUCGCUUGUGUUGUGAACACUAGCCGACACGUCGACUGGUAGUUGGAAAAUAACUUGGUAUUAAUUCCACAUAACAACUCUGGCUCGGUUGCGCGUUCCUCUGUAUUACCAACUGUGUUUCUCUCGUUCGGUCAUCGCGGGGUCCCUGUCGUCGAUUGCUUCUUGCAAACUUGGGAGCUGGAUUCGCCCCGAGCUGCUGUGCCUUGAACCGGGUUGUGAUCUUCGCAGGAGGCGCCUGUGUUUGUUUAAUUGCUGGCGGCGCACAUGCACGGGCGUCCCCACCGCAGACUAAGGACUGACUUCAAAAAAAGCAACCUCGUCUGGCAAAACGAGAGGGGGAAAAACGGAGUGUGAAAGGAGGAAAGAGCAGGUGAGAUUUCACCGAGAGGACGAGGAAGCCCGUGCUGGACAUUUAAGGAGGCGAUGCUGCUGAUUAUUUCACAGACAAUGAACAAACACAUCACAGCACAGGUAUGAAUAAUCCUCGGAAAUAUUCGGAAUCAACACUGUAGUCACCGAUGUGCUGAAUUACGCAUGAACUGAUCUAAUUUUUUUCCACCAUGCUCAAGAAUUUUUCGAGUGAUAGUGACAGCUGGUUUAAUCCGCUAAUUAUCAUGUAGUAUUUUGAUAUUAUUAUUUUUUUUAAAGGAAAGCCGGCUUUUAGAAAUAUUUAUUUGGCAUUUGACAUAACGGAACGAGCCACAUAGCCGCCACCAUGGGACUGUGACCCGGGCUGCGAGCUCUGAGAGGCGGCUGUUUGAAUAGUCCGUGCUCCGAGUGCAGACUGGACCUGAGCAGUUGUGACAUUUUGAGCCAUGGCUGCUGCUAUCGCAAGUGGGCUGAUCAGACAGAAAAGACAGGCACGGGAGCAGCAUUUAGACCGACCCUCCACCAACCGACGGAGAAAGAGCCCCAACAAGAACAAGGGGCUCUGCAAUGGGAACCUGGUCGACAUCUUCUCCAAAGUGCGCAUCUUCGGCCUCAGGAAGAGGAGACUACGGAGACAAGAUCCCCAGCUCAAGGGUAUAGUGACCAGGUUAUAUUGCAGGCAGGGAUACUACUUGCAAAUGAACCCCGAUGGCUCUCUUGAUGGGACCAAGGAUGACAGCAGUAAUUCCUCUUUGUUCAACCUUAUUCCUGUGGGCCUCAGAGUUGUCGCCAUUCAAUCCGUGAAGACAGGGUUAUACAUCGCAAUGAACGGGGAGGGCCACCUGUACACAUCAGAACUCUUUACAGCAGAAUGCAAGUUCAAAGAGUCGGUGUUCGAGAACUACUAUGUGAUCUACUCGUCCAUGUUGUACAGACAACAGGAGUCGGGAAGAGCUUGGUUCUUAGGGCUCAAUAAAGAAGGCCAAGCCAUGAAAGGGAACCGAGUGAAAAAAACAAAACCAGCUGCUCACUUCCUGCCCAAGCCAUUAGAAGUUGCCAUGUACAGAGAGCCAUCUUUGCAUGAUGUUGGAGAGACAGUGCCCAAGGCAGCAGUACCUCCCAGUAAAAGCACAAGUGAGCCGGCAGUGAUGAACGGAGGGAAACCCGUCAGCAAGCCCGACAAACCCACCACAUAGCCACGCCAGUGCCUAGUGUAUGUGCAUGUGUUGGAGGGGAGGAAUGCGACGGAGACAGGGCUUUAUCCAACUAGACUCCAGACCCUUCUGCAGAUCCAGGCGAACCUCCUUUCCUUUCUUCUCUCGCUCCUCCUUUUUCUCCACCUCAUUCUCCCAAAUUCUCCAGCUGCCUCAGCACAGGCAGAUGGAUUCCUGAGGUGGCCGAUUUCAUCCAGCCCAGGAGGGACGUGCGUUUCACAAUGACGCUUCUGGUACUUUGCUUGAUGAUGAUUCCCCCUAAAAACCUCCCCCUUGUCUAUGAUGCCCUGUUGCAGCAGAGUCUGUGUACCUUCAGAUCUAUUUUCUAUACCACAGUUCACCAGCUAUGUUCUGGGAUAGAGACUGUAUAGAUAGAGUAACUAUUUGGACUGUUGUCCUCUAUUUUUUACAAGUAUGUCCCCCUCUCCCUUUAUUUCUAUCUUUAGUCACACUUUUCUCUUUGUCAAGUAACCUAGAAAACAUUUUGCAAGGGGGUUGCGUGAUUUUCUAAGAAACACAUGAACACAAAUGUGGCAUAAAAAGCAAAGACAUGUGGAAAAGAGUCCAAAUUUUCUUCUUGCCUACAAUAUGCACACACUCUAAUAGACAGACACACAAAGUUUGUGUUGAAAAUCUGAGAUUUUUUUUUUAAAGCAGCCAAUAAAACACGCUGGAGGCUGGCAGAUAGCUCCUGCAAUCAUAGCUGAUGAAGUGCUAAUUAUCGCCACUGCAAUCAAUGCGAGGAGCUCCCUACACACAUACAAACACACAUACACAUUUAUAAACAGAUGUGUGUGUGGGUGGGAGAGCGCUGUAAGGAAUGGUGUAUACAUAUCACUAUCUAGGUCCCACCAGCGGUUCUGUCCGCCUUCUCUGGUAAAUAGAAAAUCUGAAGUCUAUUUUUCUUUAAUCUUAUUUCAGAGCGUGGGCUCUAGGAAUAUCUCUAGGCCUUGUAGGCCUCUGUCCCUCACUCACCGACUUCUUUGGACUAUGAGGCAAGGCUUGUGGCUUUGACCCAGAUGGUCUAUAACUGCAGCACUGGCAGCCACCUUACAGCAGUGUCUACAUAAAGCCAGAAAACAACAUGGCUGAAAACCAGUAGGUGACAUUUACACUGGCUGCAUCCCUAUUUGGUUCAGCAAGCUAAAGCAUGGACAAGGUUAAUAUUGUGUUCCCUCUUCUUGCAGCAGAUAUACAAGAGAUGGCU